GGAAGAGUAACUCUGGAAACUGUGUUAUCAGCAUCCUCCAUGGACUUCCUCACCUCCUCCCCAGCCCCGUUCGCCCCAAGCUUCUUAGCAUCCUCCAACAGGAACCGGGGAACCUGGGAUGGGCUCAGCGCCCUGAAGCCAGCCCCCUGUCUUUUGCCAAGACCCUGCGCAGCCUUGAGUGGGCAGCUGAAGGCUGUGGCCGGAAUCCUGAGCCUGAGAUGGAACCCCAGCUGGGGCCUACGGCUGCCAGCCUCUGCCCGGGCCGGCCGCACCUGCUGCUGUGGGUCUCAGCCCUGAGCUGUUGCGUUUCCUCGCUGGCUUCUCCCUCUCCUUCUCUGGUGCCCCGAAUCAGAACCAGCUACAAUUUUGGAAGGACUUUCCUCGGUCUUGAUAAAUGCAAUGCCUGCAUCGGGACAUCCAUUUGCAAGAAGUUCUUUAAAGAAGAAAUAAGGUUUGACAGCCGGCUGGCCUCCCGCCUCGGACUGCCUCCCGACCCCCUACCUUCUUACCCUGCAAAUUACUCAGAUGAUUCCAAAACCUGGCGCCCUGUGGAGAUCUCAAGGCUGGUCAGCAAACAGGAAAGUGACAUCUCGGACAGGAGAAUCUGUGCCUCUGCGGCAGCCCCAAAGACCUGCAGCAUCGAGCGCAUCCUGCGGAAAACAGGAAGGUUCCAGAAAUGGCUGCAGGCCAAGCGCCUCACGCCGGACCUGGUGCAGGGCCUGCCCAGUCCCUUCCUGCGCUGCCCGUCACAGCGACUCCUGGACCGUGUGGUCCGACGCUACGCCGAGGUGGCCGAUGCUGGCAGCAUCUUCAUGGACCACUUCACGGAUCGCGACAAGCUACGUCUGCUCUACACGCUGGCUGUCAACGCGCAUCCCAUCCUCCUGCAGAUCUUCCCCGGCGCCGAGGGCUGGCCGCUGCCCAAGUACCUGGGCUCCUGCGGCAGAUUCCUGGUCAGCACCAGCACCAGCCCUCUGCGGGAAUUCUACGGCGCGGCCCCGGACCAGGCGGCCGACCUGGCCUACCAGCUCCUCGGGGUCCUGGAGUCCCUGAGGAGCAACGAUCUGAACUACUUUUUCUACUUCACCCACGUCGAUGCGGGCACGUUUGGCAUCUUUAACAACGGGCAUCUGUUCAUCCGGGAUGCCAGCGCCUUGGGCAUCAUCGACAAGCAGGAAGGCAGCCAGGCAGCCGCCGGGGCAGAAGAGAGUCCAGACGUCUUCAGCUGCCUGGUUUCCGGCUGCCGGGCCCCGCUGCCCCCCUGCGACGCUGUCCCCGAGAAGCAAAGCCUGGUGCUGGUGUGUCGGCGGGUGCUGCCUCAGCUUCUCCAGGGCAAGUUCCCCUCCCCCGUGCAGGACGAGAUAGACGCCGCCCUUGCUCGAUGUGGGGAGGACGCCAGCCCAGACCCCGAAGUCCUCGGGGCCGCCAGCCGCCUGAAGGACCUCUUGAGGCCCCUGAGAACCUGCGACCCCAGAUUCGCCUACCGCUACCCGGAUUGCAAGUAUAAUGAGAAGUUCUGAGGGGCCCCGGGGCCUUUGGUGGCCCGGUGGGGGACCACAUCCUUGGCUCCUCCCCCCCUCCCCCCACCCAGUCGCAUGGCUGCAGGGUGCAAAGAGGCGGCUGUGUCCCCAGACAUUAGGAGAAAUGCACGUUCAUUUCCCAGGCCCCGAGGAACCUGCUGACAGCCAGAGGGGGCUUGUGUCACACGAUGUGAUUGUCCCAGGGCCGGGCGGUGGCAGACUCGGGUGUGGACACUCCCUGGACCUCUCGGAGCCUCAGUGUCCCCUGUUCUCCAUCAGACUCAUGAGUUCAUGAAAGAAGACAGGGGGAUGUGAAGGGUCACAGACACCGGCCGGUGGUUACAGAGUGUUCCAGAAGUGUGUGCAGGCAGGGCAAAUGAGACAGAGCCGUGGAGGUGGGGGCCGUUGGGAAGGAAGGCAGGGGGAGGGGGAGGCCCUCUGGCCAAGACCCUGUUAGACUCCAACGAGAGGGGCCCCCUUCUUGCUCUCCGUGUGCUCCCACUGGCCCUCCUGCCGUGCUCCCCACACUGCCAUGGGUCAGGGGGAGGAGACACAUGGACAGGGCCACACUCCGGGUGAGCCAAGGGUGAGAAGCGAUGACGGGUGGGCUGGGGGGGGCCGAUGUGUCGGUCCAGGAGCUCCGAGAAGCAGGUGUCAGGACAGGGGUGAGAGGGGCGAGAAUCAGAUUCAAGAAGAUGCCCGCGUGGAAGGCAAGAAGGAGCUACUCAAGUCUGAGCCCAAGUGAGGGAGAGACGGUCAGCUGCACAAUCUAAAGGAAGGUUCGGCAGGGCUGCUGGGGUUUCCUGGAGGACAAGCCAGCCGUCAGAGGAGCCCCGAGUCUCCCCAGGCCAGACGGCCCUUAUAUCCCGGCUGCACUCGGUCGCUGGCAGGAAAACAGCCUGCCGCGAGCGUGGCCUUGGCCUAACCGCCAAGAUGGAUUUCUCCCUGGAGCGGGAGGUCUGUGAGGACACUGCAGCCACAGCCAGGGCCCCAGGCCAGCUCUGUCGUCACCAACAGCCUCCAGUGCAGGAGGCUAAGGAGUCUGAGAAUGUGCAUUCCAACUUGACCUUACAGGUCAUGAUAAAAAUUUUGGUGGUUGGCGGGGGGGGGGGGGGGGGGGGGGGGAGGGGGGGGGAGUGGGCGCCUGAGUGGCUCAGUCCAUUAAGCGUCUGACUCUUGACUUCGGCUCAGGUCAUGAUCUCACAGUUCGUGAGAUCGAGCCCCGCGUCGGGGAAUGUGCUGACAGCACAGAGCCUGCUCUGUUUCCCUCUCCCUCUGUGCCCCUCCCCCUGCUCGCGUGCUCUCUCUCUCUCUCUCUCUCUCCCAAAAAUAAACAUUUAAAAAAUAGUUUUUCAAGGUCAGCCAACAAAACAUACUCUAUUCGACAGUCUGUUAGUUUGCUUUAUACCUUUGAAAUAUUUAGCCACAUACUAUGUGGGCCCCUGUGUGUAGUCUUGCCCCAGCACCUCAAACCUCAGUGGGGGGCUCUUUGGACCUUUGUCCAGCCUCCCUGUCAGCCCUCUCCUCUCAGGGACCUCCCGGUCGGCCUCCUCUUUCUUCCCUCUGAAUCACCACCUUUAGGUCAGAAUGCCUGACUUAACAAGCUUCACACGGCAGACGGGGAAACUGAGGCCCAAGGAGGAAGAGCGACUCGCUGAGAUAGUUCCAGAACUGCUACCAGUCCACGCCCCUCCUACCUUCCCCGUCACCUGCUGAUUUUCACCCUGUCCUAACCACUUUGGGUCCCUUCACUCACAUUUAAAGAUGGGCCCAGAAAAGCCAUAUUUGUGGUCCACCAGAUUGGUUGUCUUUGGGGUUUGCCCUUCGACUGUUCCAGGCACUACCCCACCCCCCAUCCCCAGGGCAAUGACAAUAGUGAGGAUGACGGGCCAAGCUUCUGGAAGGGCAGGGUUGGGCUGCCUGAGAGUCUUUGAGACCGUUGCCUUUUGGCUUGGUCUGGAAGGGCAAGGAUUGACCACCUUUCCCAACACCUUGCUUUCAACCCAGCAAAACUGAUUCUAGACUUCUGGCCUUCAGCACUACGAGACAAUACAUUUCUAGCAGCUGAAAGCUACCCAUUUUGUAGUAAUUGGUUCUAGCGGCCACAGGAAACUGACAUGCGCCCCACACUCUGUCUUAGCGUCUGCUCCUCAAGAACCCGACCUGCAGUAUUCCCCAACGCCAGUCUAUAGUGACAGGUUCCAAAGCCGGACCUGCCCACUGUAUGCACCUGUACCCAGGGCUGAGGUUCAGAUGGUUCCAGAUCUGUGUCCCAGCCCGCCAUCCAGCUGGGAGCUCCCUCAGCAUGGCGGUGACAUGGGGUCCUUUUGUGUUCCCCACGGCAACCGGGCUGGGCACAGAGCGGGUGCUUGGAAAAUGCUCUUGCUGAGGACAACGACUGCAUUCUCCAGCCCUUCUGGCGUGGUGUUUGUCACAGACCGUGUGCUCUAGACGAAAUGUUUGCAUUGCCCCAGAAUUCCUACGUUGAAAUCCUACCCCCCCCCCCCCCCCCGUGUGAUGCUGCUUGGUACUGGGCCUUUGGGAGGUGGUUAGCUCCUGAGGGUGGGACCCUCGUGGGUGGGAUUAGUCCCCUUGUAAAGGAGACCCCAGAGAGCCCCCUUGUCUCUUGUGCCAAAUGAGGACGCAGUGAGAAGAUGGCCGCCCACGAACCACAGUGGGUCCUCAACAGACACCAGAUCUGCCGGCGCCUUGAUCUCAGACUUCACAGCCUCCAGAACUGUGAGAACUGUGAGAACCGACUCUCGAUUGCUCACAAGCCCACCCCGCCUCCCCCAGUCUGUGGUAUUUGGUUACAGCAGCCCGAACAGACUACGACAUUAUGCUGGCCAUAGACAGGACAGAGGGGCUUCCUUGAGAACGGCUCUUUCCCCUCAACGGCCGGGAGACGGGUUGAGUCAGCACUCAGGAGACUUGGGUCACAAAGAUUAUCAUUGUGGUACAUUCUCAGUCCUCGGGAAUCCUACUGGAGGCCUCAGAGUGUAUUGCUGAGUUUUGCUAGCCACCGCCAUUUUAUAGCAGGACCAGCUACAUAAUUUGGGGGGGGGACUAGUAGAAAACGAAACGGGGGGGCCUCCCAGUAUUGAGAUUUGCGAGACCACAGAGCAUUAAAUUAAGUGCAAGCCCUGUGAGACUGUACAGUUUGCAUGGCCCGUGAAGCUGGUCCUGGGUGCUUGAGAAUACUAAUUGUUAACCUUGGUGUAGAGGGCUCCUGGGAUUCACUGGGGUCUCACUUGACCUCCACAACCAAGGGGACUAGGUGUGGGAUCAGAGGUGAUAUACAGAACACUUCAUCACCACCAUGGCCAAGGAAC